CAGAGCGCUGUGACGCUGCUUCCUGAGCGGUAGUUUUGCGGCUUGUCGGUUCCCGAACAGUUUUAACCAACGGUCAGCUAUAAACAACACAUUUACGCUCUGAAAAUCCGUUUCAGAUGCCUCCUAAAGCCAAGGCAGCGGGGAAAGGAAGAGCUCCUGCUAAGCGGAAGCUGGCAGAGGAGUUCCCACCUGGAGAAGUCCUGACAGAUACUGGAAAGAAGUCGUGGAAGCUGGGACCUCCAGUCGGCAAAGGGGGCUUCGGCCUCAUAUACCUUGCUGAGCCGAACUCUGAGAAACCCGUCGGGCCAGAUGCUCGCUACGUCAUCAAAGUGGAGCCGAGCGAAAACGGACCGCUCUUCUGCGAGCUGAAUUUCUACACGAGAGCUGCCAAGCCCGAUCUCAUUCAGAAGUGGUUGAAGGCUCAGAACCUGAAACAGCUGGGGGUUCCCAAGUACUGGGGCUCAGGUCAGCACGACAAAGCGGGCAAAAGGUAUCGCUUCAUGGUGAUCGACAGGCUUGGAACGGACCUGCAGAAGAAGUUUGAAGAAUGUGGAAAGAGAUUCCCCAGGAAACUGGUCCUGCAGCUCGGCCUCCGUCUGCUGGACACGCUGGAGUUUAUCCACGAGCACGAGUACGUGCACGCUGACAUCAAAGCGUCCAACCUGAUGUUGGGCCACAGCGAUCCCAACCAGGUUUACCUGGUUGAUUACGGGCUGGCUUACAGGUACGCACCUGACGGCGUCCUCAAAGAGUACAAAGAAGAUCCAAAGAAAUGUCACAACGGAACCAUCGAGUUCACGAGCAUCGACGCCCACAAAGGAGCAUCUCCCUGCAGGCGCAGCGACCUGCAGAUCCUCAGUUACUGCAUGGUCCAGUGGCUCUGUGGUCGGCUCCCUUGGGAGGACCGUCUGCAGGACCCUGUGUAUGUCAGAGACUCCAAGAUCAGGAGUCAGGAAAACAUCUCAGAGUUUUUGUCCCAGUGUUUCCCCACUCAGGACAAACCAGCUGAAAUCCAGGUGUUCAUGGAGGAGGUGAUGUCUCUGGGCUACAAUGAUAAACCUCCAUAUGAGAGGCUGCGAUCCAUCCUGCAGAACGGGCUGAAGAGCAUCCAGGCGAAAGAUGACAGCAAGCUGGAGUUCACACCUGUCAACGGAGAGCCAACACUUCCUGCCAAGAAGACGACCAAGAGGAAGAAAGCUGCAGACAAAGCGGAGGAGAGUGUCGCUGACGGAAGCCCCAUCAAGAAAGCGAAGCCCUCAAAGAAAACAGAGGUGAACGGAGUGAAGAAAAGUCCCAAAGCUGCUGCCAGACCCCGAAAGCUCCUCAGCGCCGGGAAGCAGGGUGACCAUAAAUCCAGAGUGAAAGAGACGGCCACACAGACUUCACCUGGACUUAGCCUGCGCUCCAGAGGGAGAAAGAAAGUCAGCUCCUGAAUGCCCAGCUGUCUUUUCCACUCCUCCUUCCUCCUGCUGUUUCUUCUAGUUCUUAAAUGUUGAACUUGUCUUAUGUUGUAAAACUUUGCUUAGAAAUGUUUUUCUGUGCUACGUCUGGGUUAAGCCAGAGCUCUUGAAAUAAAGAUUAAAUUAAAGUAA